GCGGCUUUUUUGCUGUUGCCCAAGUAAUGUUGUUCUGGAAAUUGGCGAAAUUUCUCACCAUUAAAAUGCGUCAUCAUAUAUGUAGUAACCAGUAUCCCGCUUCUUCGAAAGAGUGUGUAAAGUUGUUAAUUGUGUGGUAGGAACUAACCAUAACCUGACAGAAAGGGGAUGAAAUCCCGAAAGGUGCGGAAGUCUUGGUUUGGUACAAAUCAGGAACUUUUGCGCUUAGCCUCUCAUAAUCAGAACCAACUAAUCACUCCCGCUUCACCAUCAUAUGCCUUUAAGGAACAGUUGGAAUGUGAACAGUCGACUGACUAUUGUAGUAAUACAAUCACUGCAAAAUUAUCUAGUGAUAAAUAUGAAGUGAUCUUGCAUAAAAAUGAAAAUGAAAACCCUUUCACAGUUACUGUUUCCGAUAUUCUCUCCUUAUCAAUGUUCUCUCGACGAGCUGUCGUAGAUUUUGGUACAACAAGUGUGAUUGGCAAACCUUUAACUCAUUUCUUGUUGUUAGAAAAUACCAUUAAUGAAGAGCAAUGGGUGACAAUUCAACGUGGACCUCCGGAAAACGAAUUUACUGUUGACUGGAUAGCGUCUGAGACAAACGGUUCAGAAUUUCAACCAAUUCAUCCUACAAUCUUCAAAAGAAUUUAUUUUUCACCUUUAAAAGGUCGAGUUUUAAUACGGAUUACAUGGAAUCCUGUUCAUGUCUUAUCAACAGAAGGUGUCUACAGUUUCCAUCAUUUAAUUCAAUUCCGUGUUAAUGAUACUUAUUCCCUUCAAGCCGUCAUUAUUGGUCGUUUGUUACCACCUGUUCAAAAACCUAAUCGUUCAAAUCCAUGGCUUAAAGGACCACAAUUUCCAAUCUCUAAACCGCCUGUAACAAAUCGACUUCCCACCUUACCGAAAUGGAUUGAAACGCCUUUUGUAAGUUCAUCGGAACAUCAUUCUAGGUUCGAUACCAAAAAGGAAAAGCCUAAUAUCCCUAUCGGUCGAAUAAAUUUGCCACCGCCAGUGUCAGAAAUCCGUCAUCCUGCACGCUCUUCAUCUUCCACUCUUCGCAAAGGCAAUCAAAAUCAAGGAUUUGAUUUGAAUAAUCUUGAUAUUCCUUUCUUGACAUCUGAAAGCUCCAACAGUGUCUUAGUUUCUCAUUCAUUAGACGUAAAUGGAUCAUUUGUUGACCACGAGAACGCAUACGGUCGUCGGUUGAAAACAGUAAAAGACCGACGUCGUUCGAAUUCACAACCGGUGACUGGUACUCCCACUAGAGAUUUGUCUGUUUUUGGUCGAUUCCAUGAGAUGAAGGAAUUAAGUUCUCCUAAGCGUUCAGCAUCCACAUCAAAUAAGUUAUACUCUGAUAUAGAUUCAGCAUCAGGUGUGAAUUUCCUAAACUCGACUGCAACUGCAUUUGUUUCACCUAGGCUUGUACGUUCACCUGCACUGAGAGGAGCUGCUUGCGCUACUGUAUCUACUCAUAAAAAGCGUCAAGGUGGGAAUCUUUUCUACAAUAACGUGACCUCUGUCCUAUCCGAAAUGAGUGUUUUUGGCUUGACCCAAUGGUUAAAUGGCAUUUUCGCCCCAUGUAUUGCAGCCAACAGUUAUAGCGGACAUUCCAUGAACGUAUCUAAAGAUAUUUGUUUAGUUGGAUCAUCUAUAUAUUAUUCAACAUUAAAAAGAGCUAUCGAGUUAUUGAAUUCAACUGCUAUUACAGUCCCUGGAGAGCGUAUUGAGCGUGAAAUAGACAAUGGAAAACUGAUUCCUCUCCAACAAAUAUCACUUCGUGUUGACAAAGGUUCUCAACGUCGAAUUCAAGACCUACUUAUGGUCAACUAUGCUCCAAUCUGGCUUCAUCUUACAGUCGAUUCACUUACAAGUUCACCUUCAAUUCAACCGAAAUCAUCAACACUAUCUGACAGUCAUCAGUCAACAGAUCUGACAGAUUUAAGUAACCUAUGCAAUACAGAUGAUAAAAGUAGUCAUAUUGUUUGUUUAUCAAAAAAGAUAAACAGUUAUCUUUUUGAAUCUUUUAUGCUUAAUACACCAAUUCUUCCGAUAAAAUCAAAUUCUAGCGAUAUAAAAUCAAAACAAGCAUCUAAUAAUGCUACCAGAAAUGAUAAAAGCUCAACAAAACUAAAUACAUUAAGUCGUGAUGUUUUAUAUAACCGCCACGUUAUUAAACGUUUCAUCAUAUUUGUUUGGGUUAUGGACCACUUUAAAAGUCGUAUGUUAAUCAAACAUGAUCCAUGCCUAUUUCGCACCAAAUCACAAACUAAAUCAUCAUCAUCGCUGCUUUUGUCGUUUGCACAAAAUUUUCUAUAUGGUGAGAAUAAUUUAGUUCGUCAUAUGGCCUACUUGGGAGCAGAAGUUAAAGUGAAUCAAACACAAUUGGAUGAAUAUCAAUUUACCGUCGAGAACUUGGCUGUCGAUUUGAGAGACGGUAUACGUUUGGUGAAACUCGCUGAACUGUUGAUUCCUACAUUGUCAGCUCCUACAUCUACUGAGAAACCACCGCCUAUUGUCAUUGGACCUGGUAGUCUUAUGUCAAUGGUACGAUUCCCUGCUAUAAGUCGUCUUCAAAAAAUACACAAUGUUGGACUCGCUCUUAGAGCUUUCCAACAGUAUGGUCAAAUUUCAAUGGUAGACGGAAGCCAAAUAGAUCCUCGUGAUAUUGUUGAUGGACAUCGUGAAAAAACGCUUACAUUACUUUGGUGUUUAUUGCUACGUUAUCAAGUUCUUGCCUUACUUGAUCAUUCUGCAUUAGAAACUGAAAUUCAAACUCUAGAAAUAAAAGUAAACUCAAUCAGUAAAAAUAUAGAUGAAGUGAUUCGUUUUCAGCCUGAUACUGUUGAAAACAAUGAUGAAGAGGAAGACAAAAACCAUGUUGCUCACUUCAAAUUACUGUAUUGGGCUUGUUUAAUUUGUCGUCUGUAUGAUGUGCCAAUUACUAGCUUAGAUGAGUCGUUUACAGAUGGACGAGCUUUAUGUUACCUAUUACAUCAUUAUUUACCAACCAUUCUACCUCAAGGCUUAAUUCGUCAAUGUACAACACAUACUCCCAAGUCUUCUGUUCCUAUUCCAAACUCCCUACUUAUACGAAAUAAUUUGUUCAAUCUAUCGUUAUUUCAAAAAAAACUUUCAAUCCUAGGUGAUGUCCCACUCCUUUUUCCUAACUUUAUGUCGAAGCCUACUUCAGUGGUUAGUGUGGAUAGUAUUCUUCCGCCAGGCUUAGUUUUAACUACUCUGGCCUAUCUAGUUAACAGGCUGGUCAUUAGUCCUUCGGAAAAACAUAAGUUGGACCUGCUUAUUCGUGACAACGCUGCACGUAUUAUUCAGAACUCAUGGCGCCGUUUUCAAGAUCAUAUGAAAUUCUCACAGUUUAAAUUAGUACCCUAUGGAAGGGAAUGGAGGUUGCAAAGAAAGAUGAUCAAAGCGUCCACUACCAUUCAGGCAUAUGUACGUGGUUAUCUUGUUCGUAAAUAUGUUGGAGAGAUUCGGUGUAUGAGAAAUACUGCUGCAACAGUGAUACAAUCCUAUAUUCGUGGAUUUUUGACUCGACGUUAUGUUAGCCGUUUACACAAAUCAGCUGUUUUGAUUCAAAGUACUUGGCGUUCUUACUUAGCAUUUCGAAGUUAUGCACUAAUGAAACAGUUGUGUAUCAAACUUCAAGCUUUCUCACGAGGAUUCUUAGUCCGUAGGCGUAUUGCUGAGCUGAGAGCAACUAGGAAUGCAUCUGCAACAAUAAUACAAUCUUAUUUACGAAGAUAUAUUGUUCAACGUAAUAUAGAUAAUUGGCAUAAGUCUGCUAUCCGAAUUCAGAAAGUCUGGCGCUGUUAUCAUUCUCAUCAAAAAUAUCUUCACUUAAAACAGGCAUGCUUAACAAUUCAACGGUAUGUACGAGGCUAUCAUGCACGUAAAUUAACUUCAGAUAUGCGAUUAAUACGGACUUCAGCAGCUAUAAUUUUUCAGUCACAUUUCCGAGGUUAUCUAGUCAGACGACAGUUAUCGUCCUGGCAUAGAGCAGCAAUUCAAAUUCAGAGUAGAUGGCGUUGUUAUUAUCAUAGAAAACGUUAUUUGUUUUUGAAAUCGUGGUGUAUCUCUGUCCAGAAAUAUGCCCGAGGAUAUUUGGCUCGUAGCCAACUUGCAAAAAUACAAAAUAUUCGAAAUUUAGCAGCCACAGUUAUACAGUCAUAUUUUCGUAGAUUCUUAGUAUGUCGUGAAAUUAAUAUUUGGCAUGCUUCAGCACUACGAAUACAAAUAUCUUGGCGUUCUCAUCGUAGUCGUAAAAUUAUCACACAAUUCAAAGAGACUGUUUCACUUAUCCUAAUACGCCACAAUGCAUCUCGUAAAAUUCAACGUUGGUGGCAUAUAUGUUCUCUUUUACGAUUCUUGGAUAGACGACGUUCUGCUGCUGUACAAAUUCAAGCUAUAUGGAAAGGUUUUCAAAUUCGUAAACAUUUAUUCAUUUUGGCCCAAUCAUCUAAAAACUCUAAUACUUCAACAAAAAUAUCGAAUCAAUUACUUAAUCAACGAAAUCAUCUAACUUCUAAUAAUAUUCCACUCAGAACAAAAUCUGCCUUAAAUUGUCAAAAUUCUAAGUUAAUGUUACAAAAAGAGAAAACCUCCUUCAUAUCAUUUUCACCUUCUGAAGCAAAAUCUUUAUUAAAUAUACAUUUCCGCUUGAAAAAGGCAAUAGAACGUGCACGUGCAAAUCCAAAUUUAACGUUAGCUUCGAAAGCACGAAAUGCAUUAAAGCAAAUUUCUGAGUCUACAUCUGUAAAUCAAAUUAUCGAAGCAAUCAAAUUUCUUGAAAUGGCUACUGGUUUAUCCAUUGAACUGUGCUAUUGGAUUGUUGGUCUAUCAGUUCCUAACAACUUAUAUUCUAAUCAGAACUAUGAAGAUUCACCGUGUGUACUUAUUCGUUUCUUUCAAAUUAUGAUGGCUUGUAAUCGAUCCGUUCCACAUGAAGAUAUUUUUAUAGCUAUCACAGGAACGUUUUUAAAUAUUGGACGACAUAAAAAUCUGGCCAGUAAUCUGAAUUUGUGGUGGAAUCCAUUACUUCUUAGAUUUAAAUCAGAUGGUAAUAAUGAGAAUGUAGAUGAUAUUAUCAGUGAAGAAUUCCAAACACCGUCUAUUGUUCAUUUCCUUAGCACUCAAUUACGACGUCAUCAAAGUCUUCCAGGUUUAAAUACAACUGAAUCAAAUCUACAAAUCACUCUAUCUCCAUCUGCCAUGCACAAAAAAACUGGUCAAAACAUUUUUAAUGAGCCCAAAUUAUCACAGAACCCAUUGUCUAUAUCACAGAAUAUGAGUUUAAUUGAAGUUUUAGUGGGAAUACUGCAAAGAACAUGGCGUGCUCGCCCUGGAACAGUGAGUAUACGUCUCUUCAGUCGUACUUGCUGUGUCCUUGUUCUUCUGUUCAAUUCUGCUCCUUCUGAUUUAUUUAUUGUUAAUUCAUGUUUGGUACCGACACUACAAGAAAUUCAUGAAGGACUCUAUCGUCGAUCUGAUCCACAUUCUCGAUUUCAUCUUAAUUUCGAUCCUACUGGAAAAUAUACUAAUUCUCUAAAUGUUGGUGAAGUAGGUCUCAAAAUGUCAAAUGCUGAUAUGAAAAAACUUCGUAUGCAUCUCAGUUUUGAUUUGGAUUGGCAUUUUUACCCAGUGAAGACUCGUCCUAAUCCAUUACUGGCUAUACAAUACUUGUUAUUUACUGUAACUAAAAAAAUGUCCAGUUUAUGAUGAUGUCUUCCUCUUUUGUAUUCAAUCAUAUUUUUGUACGGUUGUCUGUCUGCAUAAGCUAUAACAAACGCUUCCUUUGUGAACUAAAUUUCAUGUAUUAUAUACACAUUUGGAAUGUAAGUGAUUUCAACUUGUAUUUAAGUAUUUAUUGUUUUUAAAAAAAAUAAACUUUACUAACGAUA